GUCGGAAUAUGGGCAAAGAUGAGGGAUAAAAUACACUGAAAAAUGUGUCUCAAUGUUAAUAUUUAAAAAUGUCACACAAAUCUUGUGUGGAACUAAGUGAAAUCCGAAAAUUGGAUAAAAUAGUGCAGCAAUGUGAGCUGUACAUGUCCAACAAUAAUAUCGACGAUACAGUAAAGAAGCCGCCUUUAAAGGAAUUCAAACGGAAUUGCCUUCCAAAAUCCAAUAAAUUUGUCGAAAGGGAGCUCUUCUCUCUCAUGUGCAACCUGAAUAAAAUUGAAAAGAAGCAAGUCUUCGUUUCAGAUAUCUUGAUAAACGCCAGCAUGUUUGACGACAAGAAGGAAAGUUUGUCGAGAUUUCCAAAGAAUGUGGGCGACCAUAACACUCUGGUCUAUCACAAGUUCAUGCGAAAUAGGCCCAAUAAUGAUGACGAAUCCCUUCAGCUGAAAACCAAAGCGUACAUUAAGGAAAAACCAGGCGAUAUUAGUGCGGGAGAAUGCUUCUUCUCACCCCUACUAAUCAAGAUCAACAAUAAAAGGGAUGGUUUGAAGAAGGCCAAAGUCAGCAAGGGAGAAAGUCAAUUCGAUCAGGGCAACAUAGCCGGAGAGGCCAAGACAGGUCAAGCUAAAAAGUACUCCAAAGCCACAAAAAAAUGCGUCAAGUGUGAUAAGAAAAAACUGUAUAUUAAAAACUAUCAGAGCUCGGUUCGCCGCGAUUGCGAUUUGCUUUGCUCCUACGAUCCUGUACGGAAAAACAAUAACGAUAUUUUUCUGGGCCACAAAACCAAUAGCAACAACUCUUUCGAGUGCAUGUUUAAGAACAUCAAGUACAAUCAAAAUGGUAAAACGGCUGAGAACGCAAUGGGUGCUGAUCACUACGAUGAUAUGUUGGAUAAGGAGGCUCUGCUUGGAUCAAAAAGCGAGCCCAAAAUGCAGGAUCCUGCCGAUAUGAUAAUGUCUUUGGGAGGGAAUAUACUUCAUGACCAGAAGUUACAAAACAACUACUACCACAAGUGGACACUUCUGCACUAUUCGCCCUUCAAAGCUGUGUGGGAUUGGGUGAUCUUGAUCCUUGUCAUGUACACGGCAAUAUUCACACCGUACGUGGCGGCGUUUCUGCUGGGAGAACAGGAUUACCAGAGGAGAAAUAACAAGUACAUAAACUCUGAUCCCAUUGUGAUAAUUGACUUGAUAGUGGAUGUCACGUUUAUUGUUGAUAUUUUAAUCAAUUUUCGAACCACAUUUGUGAAUGGACAGGACGAAGUAGUAUCUCAUCCAGGUCGCAUAGCAGUUCAUUAUUUAAGCGGUUGGUUUCUGAUUGAUCUCGUGGCAGCUGUUCCAUUUGAUUUGCUUUUAGUCGGAAGUGAUACCGACGAGACAACUACCUUAAUCGGACUCUUAAAAACGGCCCGACUACUAAGGUUGGUUCGUGUAGCUCGAAAGAUCGAUCGUUAUUCUGAAUACGGAGCUGCAGUACUUAUAUUGUUAAUGGCAACCUUUAUAUUAAUUGCUCACUGGUUGGCCUGCAUUUGGUAUGCCAUUGGGAAUGCAGAGAAAUCAAUCGCCUCGAAAAACAUCGGCUGGCUGCACUCACUGGCCUAUGAUAUCCAAGAGCCCUAUUUCGAGAACAAAACUGGUGGACCCUCAAUAAAGUCGCGCUAUAUAACAGCCUUAUAUUUCACAUUUACUUCUCUCACCUCUGUGGGUUUCGGAAAUGUGGCUCCAAACACGGAUGCUGAAAAGGCAUUUACGAUUUGUGUAAUGCUCGUGGGAUCUCUUAUGUAUGCAAGCAUUUUUGGAAAUGUAUCUGCGAUAAUACAAAGACUUUACUCGGGAACCGCAAGAUAUCAUACACAAAUGUUACGCGUUCGGGAGUUUAUAAGAUUUCACCAGAUUCCGAAUCCUCUCAGACAAAGAUUAGAGGAGUAUUUCCAACACGCUUGGACCUACACGAAUGGGAUUGACAUGAGCUCCUUGCUGAAGGGAUUUCCGGAGUGCCUUCAGGCAGAUAUAUGCCUGCACUUGAACCGAAAACUGCUGACAACUUGUGCUGCGUUUUCAGAAGCCAGUCCUGGGUGCCUAAGGGCUUUCUCGCUAAAAUUUAAAACCACACAUGCGCCUCCUGGAGAUAUCUUAGUGCACAGAGGAGAUGUUCUUACCUCUUUGUUUUUUAUAGCAAGAGGCUCAAUUGAAAUUCAGAGAGGCGGCAAUAUGAUUGUCGUAUUGGGCAAGAAUGAUAUUUUCGGGGAAAAUCCGUGUAUAUAUCCAACGCUUGGCAAGGCCAAUGGAGCCGUGAGAGCAUUAACGUAUUGCGAUAUCCACAAAUUGCACAGAGACGAUUUGCUAGACGUUCUGGAUGCUUACCCCGAAUUCCUCGAGAGCUUUGUCAAUAAUUUGGUCAUUACAUACAAUAUGAGAGAUGACGAACAUUGCGGCGUUGAUUUAAAACAUCGCUACUUAAGAGCGAGGACGUCAGAUAACAACAGGAGCUCUGCUGAUAUUCCUUCCAUAAGAAUAGUUGGGCUGCGUUAUAAAAAACACAAUGUAAACACCUCGAUGCAUAAAGGUAAAAACGAUAAUUCUCGCGAUGUUAAUAUUUUCAUUGAAAACGAAAUCGCCAACUAUCAUUUGGAUUUAUUUGAAAAUAAUAACUAAUCUUAAAAAAUAUGAAU